CCCCUUUCCACAGCCUCUUCUGCUUUUCUCUUUUUUCUCCUUCUUAUCCCCCUAUAGAGUGUUAUAGCGGGUUCUGUGCCCUUUCUGUCCGUGCUUGCCACUCUCUCUCCCGCACCAGGACUGCACGUGUGCUCUCUCCUGUCCCUGUCUGUUUCUAUCUCUCCUAUCUCUGUCUCUAUAUAUCUCUUCUCUCCUCUGGCUGCACACGCUCCCACUCGGUGCACACGCUCUGCUGCCCGUGUUCUCUCUUUCUGCGCUCUCCUGGGCCGCCCUGCUGCUUUUGUUUUUUUCGGCCUCUCUUUUCUCCUCUUUUCCCUGUGCACACACCCUCCAUAAAAGAGCACCAGUCACACGGCCUGUCUCUUUUUGUCUUUCUCCUUCUCUGCCCUCUGCCUCUGGCACACACUCUUAUCUGCUCUAGUACUUGUGCUCUCUCUCCCCUGUCUCUGCUGUCUCCUGUCUGUGCAGUUAUAAAAUGUCCUGCUAUUUUGUUUUCUUCUGUUUUCUUGCACUUUCCCCCUAUAAUAUGUCUGGAUUUUCCUGCUUUUUGCAGACAGACUGGAGUGGCUGGGGAGUGUUGUGCUUGGGCGUGUGUGAGUGCAGGGCAGGGUGGCAGUGUGUUUGCACGCCUGCAGACUGUGCUGUAUCUGUCUUUGUGCUCUCUUUGUGUGCCUAAUACGGGUCAAUGUGCUAAUAGUAUAGUUGAAGUAUUUUAUUUUUAUUUUACUCUGUAUACAUACUAA